UCAUUAAAAUUAAAUUUGGAUUUUUCAUUAUUUUUCUAAAAUUAGCAUGGCUCUAUUUUACCAGACCAUGCUAAAAUCAAAGUCAAAGUUCUAUAAACCAUAUCGAAUACAAGCCGCAAAAAGGAAUUUUGAUUUGGAAAUACACAAUGUAACCUGUACAAAAUCUGAGGAUGUUAUAAAGCGUUUCGACUGCAACUGCAAAAUGAUUUCGAAAGGACGUUUUUCAUCAAAUUUGUUUCUUAUGUUGUCCCGCACAUUGGACAAGAGAGCAGAAUUGCAUCUUUUAGCUACAUUUAUCCCCAAUAAAGGAGUCAAGUCCAUCAAAUUUAUGGACAUCAAAUUGAAUAUUUGUACCAUCUUAAGCCAAAUCAGCCGUGUGCCCUUGAUUAAGAACCUUAUGGCAGAAGUGCGGAGAAAAGGCAAUCUGCCUUACGAAUGUCCCGUUAAGGGGGACUUUUUGUAUUCGUUGCUUAAUUAUACUUCAGACGCUUCCCUACUGCCUCCCUAUGCCCCUAUUUUAAAAUAUAACUUUACCUUGACAACUUUUGAAAACAACAGAAAACUUGGAUAUUUGCAUAUAUCGGGUGCACUUGUUCCAAGAACCUGAGAAGUUUUCCCUAAAACUUUUAGUGUUGUGUGUGUAUUUUUUUUUUCAAAUGUAGCAAAAUAAAUGUGAAUUUAUUGAAAAGUGAAUAAAAUUACUUGAAAAUGG